GUUGCCCGGCAACGCCAGGCAACUCGGCCCGUUGAGCCGAACCUUGUCUAGCGGGAGUGUCGCUGAAUUCGGUCCCCCGUGCCGCAACACCGAAAAAUCACAAGCCCUCCUUGGUCCGUGGGCGCCAUGCUAGCCGCGCCGGAUGACGGCCUCUCCCUGACCAUCGCCCAGAUCGUGGAGAGGCUGAAAAGCUCCGGACUUCACGCCCAGCUGGAGCGACAGGCUCGGCUCAGUUUACAUAAUCCAGAGAUUAAGCUACAGUCCCUAAAGGAAGAUAUUAAGGAAUUCCUGAAGGCCUCAGGUUGGGAAAAGAAGCUGCACAAUGCUGUUUAUAGAGAAAUCAGUAUGUUUCCUUUACCUUGUUCUCCAUCAGUGCCUCCCGAACAUAUCAAGGAACCUUUAGCUUACAUGAGAAAAGCUCAGGCAAACUGGGAAAAACGUAUUCUGAAGAGCCUGAACAGCAUGUGUAUAGAACUUGGCAUUCCACUAUCACAGAAGAGACCACUGAGUGAGCAAAAAGAACUUUUGAACAAAUGGAACGAAAUGGGAACGGAUGAACCAGAUCUAAGUCUCUUCAGGCCAGUUUAUGCACCUAAAGAUUUUCUUGAGGUGCUGAUGAACCUUCGCAAUCCAAAUUAUGACACCAGCGAGCUGUCUAAUUUUAGAAAUCACUUGGGACUCAUUCAGGUCCCACUGAACGUGAGAGAUAUACAUGAACUGAAGGAAUACUUUAGUGAAUUAGACCUGAACACUGGUCAGAUGGAUAUUGAUGAUUCUGCACAUGUACCUGCAGAGCUUUUUGAAAGUGAGCACGUACGGCUUGGUCAAAAAGUUCUUACGGAGCAGGACAGCGCAGCCGCACAGCAGUAUGUGCGACAGGGCUCCCCAAAUUCAUUAAGAGCAGAGCUGUGGGCAUUGAUCCUGAACAUCUCAAGUCAACCAGAGGAUAUCCUGUAUUAUGAACAACUGAAGUCUAAUGUCAUCCAGUACAAUCUUUUGGUGGACAGUCUGAUUUAUAAAGAUGUGAAACUGACAGCUAGCAAUGAUGACUAUUACUUCGUGUUUGAGGAUUACUUAUAUCAAGUGUUGCUUUGUUUCUCUCGAGACACUUCAGUGUUGGAACACUUCGCGUACAAUAGUGCUACCCCACCCAGAUCAUUCAUUCGAGGAAAACUUGGAAUGGAACAAUAUGCUGUGUUUUAUCCGCCAAAUGGUGUCAUUCCUUUCCAUGGCUUUUCAAUGUAUGUUGCUCCGCUUUGUUUUCUGUACAACGAGCCUUCCAAGCUGUAUCAGAUAUUUCGUGAAAUAUAUGUGCGUUACUUCUUCAGGCUUCACUCCAUUUCUUCUCACUCUUCUGGGAUUGUCUCGCUGUGUCUGCUGUUUGAGAAUCUUCUUCAGAGCUGCCUCCCACAGCUGUUUUACCACCUACGAGAAAUUGGAGCCCAGCCUCUAAGAAUAUCAUUUAAAUGGAUGGUACGAGCGUUCUCUGGAUACUUGGCUACCGAUCAGCUGCUGUUUUUGUGGGACAGAAUUUUGGGAUACAACACUCUGGAAAUUUUGGCUGUGCUGGCAGCUGCUGUGUUUGCUUUCCGAGCAGGGAAUCUGAUGGAGGUGACAUCACUAGCCGCAGCUGAAGCUGUCCUUGCUGAUCUUUCAACUCUGAAAGUGAUGCCUCUUCUCCAGAUAUUCCUCUUUGCCACCGACUCUUCGUCACUCUCCAAAGGCACAGGGGCUGCACUGCUAGGUUUCUCAACCGGUGCCAGUACUAAGCUAUGCAACACUUCCACCCAGUUAACAAGUUAACAAUUAUGGUUUUGCAGAGAGUUGAGCCGGCAGAUCUUAACCUGGCCACCUCGCCAAAGGCUGUCGCGCAUCGCCUUUUCACUGCUGUUUGCUGUUGUAUUUUAACCAAGCUGCGAUACCUGGAUGCAGUGCAAAUAAUUUUUAAAAAAGCAUCUUUUUCUUUUGAUGCAUGCAGUAUUAAGUGCAGGAAGACGGGGAAAACCCAUUAACUCUAGGUCUCAGUGCUUCCUUUCUGCCAUAAAGGUGGAAAGGUUUUUCUCCCCCCCCCGCCCCCCCGUAAAUUAUAACCUGCCAUCCAGUCAAAGAAUAUUUCACCUUAUAGUUCGUCCUGCAGCACUUGGAAGAAAAGUAUUUACAAUAUUUUAAUUUUUUCCAAAUUGAACGAUUUGUGAAAAACGGUAGCCAUACUUCUCUCCUCUGGAUUAUUUCCGGUAAACUGAGCUGUUCGUUGUAGUCAAGUGGAGGCUCAUACCGUUAUAGAGAACUUCAAACUGGGUGAUAAAGGGACACACACACACACACACACACACACACACGACGCGCAGAGUUAAGAUCACGGAUCAAGAGGUUUGUAGAUUUUUAUUAUUUUUUUGGCAAGCUUAAAACAUCAGCAAAACCCGUUUUAUUUUGGGAAAUGAAAUUAAUGCAA